AUGUCAUUAAGUUUGAGUGAAUUGAUCAAUCAAUCAUUGGAUAAAAUCAAAAAGGCAAUUACUAAAAAAUAAUUCGAAUUGAAAUAAAGCAUUGAUGAAGCCUAAUGUAACAUAUUAUUCCCUAUUUAAAAGAACUCAAAAAUUAUUUUGAUGCUAAUCAUUUAAUAACAGUGUAUUAAUAAUGCAUAUAAUCAAAACAAAUCAAAUUGAUAGAGUUAGCUUUGUUUGAUAUUAAAGUAAUAAUUGGCCUAAGAAUAGAAUUUAGUUGAGUUAGGAUUUUUCGCAGGGGAGUAAUUAUUUGGAGAAAAAAGAGUCAUUGAAGUGAUCUUGGACAUUGUAAUUUCAUGUCAAUAAGAAAAAGAGGAAACAGUUUAAAUUCAUAUGAUUAAAGCUAUAUAGGCUAUUAUGACUAAUAGAAAACAUCAUAUAUAUGGAGAACCUAUCACUAAAGUAUUUUCAAUGCUUAUCAAUUUACAUGCAGGUAAAAUGAGAUGUUCAAAUUAAUAGUCUCUAAAAUAGUUGUGAUUGUGAAUGCAAGCAAAGAGGCAUGUUAGAAAAUAGUUAGCACUUAUUUUUAAAGAUUAGAAGAUUAUGGUAUUUUAAUUGAAGAAGAAUUCCAACAAGCUAUAUAAAAACAAGGGAAUCAAGGAUAAUUGAUUUUUGGUAAAUGUAGAGCUAUGGUUAAUGCUGAAUAAUAUAUGAGAUCAUUAAUGACCUCUCUAAUUGAUGAAGUGUAGAUCUAUACUGAAAGAAGAUAAAUAUAUGAUAGACAAAUAGAAGAUCUAAACUAAAUAAAAGUUAUUAAUAUAGAUCUUCAUGAACCUAAUUUAAGAAAUGUAACAGUUGAAAAAAACUAGAUCUAAGUUUAUGUGACCAAUGAAUAAAAUAUUAAAAAUGGAAAAUUUGGAUGGUGUGUAGUAUGUAGAAAUUAAGCAUCAUAAUAUUGUAAAGAUACUAAAGUACCUAUUUGUAGUAAAGAAUGUAAAUUUAUACAUCUAAAUUAAAUGAAUAAUUUCUCAUAAUGUUAUCAACAUUCAAAUAAUAGUGAAUAAUAUUGUAAAGAUGCUUUAGAAAUAUUGGAAAUGUUAUGUUAACUUAGUUAAAGAGAUAAUACAAAUCCUUAAUUAAAUUAAAUGGUAAUCAAAUGUAAAAUACUUUCUCUUGAAUUGAUUUAUGAAGCCUUAGCUUAAAGUGAUACAAUUUUAUAAAAUAAACCCAAAUUAAUAUCUAUAUUAAAAGAAUAAUUAUUGGAAUCUCUAUUAAAGAAUUCUCUUUCUACAGAAAAAUAAUUACUUAUAUUAACACUUAAUAUCUUUAUUUAAUUGAUAUGGAAAGUAAGAAGUCAUCUCAAAAAAGAAUUAGAAGCUUUAAUUGAAAAUGUUUAUUUUAAGUUUUUAGAUAGUAGCAACAGUUCCUUUGAUCAUAAACAAUAUACUCUUAAAGUAUUUAAUAAAAUUAUGACUAAAUCAAGAGUAGUCAUUGAAAUCUUUGUUAAUUAUGAUUGUUCUUUAGGAUAAAAUAACCUUUUAAAAAAGAUUUUAGAUAUGUAAUGUAGAAUCAUUUAAGGCAGAUUUAGUAAAUAAGAAUUCUAAGCAUCAAUCACUUAAAAUUAAGAAACUUAUUUAAAAUCUUUAUGUCUAGAUAAUUAUUAUGGAUAUAUUAAAUGUCUUAAAGAAUUUUGUGAAUAGAAUGAAGAUCAAUAAAAUGUCAUAUAGGUUUAAUAACUUGAAGAUUAAGAAGAAACUUCAAUUCAAUAAUAAUAAUUAUCAUAAGAUCCUAUUGAGAAAUAAAAAUAGAUGAAAUUAGAAAUGAAUAAAGCAGUUUAAAAAUUCAAUUUUAAACCUGAACAUUGUAUAAAACAUUUAAUUGCUUGUUAAUUUAUGGAAACAAGAGAUCCUAAAUUAUUUGCAUAAUUUCUAUGGGAAAAUAGAGAUUUAAAUAAAGAUAAAUUAGGAGAAUUAUUUGGAUGUUCAAGUGAAUUCAAUUAAUAAGUAUUCUAAUAAUAUAUAGAUUUUAUGAAUUUUAAGGAUUUAUAAGUAGAUGAAGGUUUAAGAUAUAUGCUUGAAUUCUUUACAUUACCAGGAGAAUCUUAAUAAAUAGAUAGAAUUAUGGAAAAAUUUGCAUCUAAAUAUUGUAUUGAUAAUCCUGGAAUCUAUUAAUCAGCUUAAGCUGCAUAUACACUUUCUUAUCUAUUAAUGAUGUUAUAAACAGAUUUACAUAAUGAAAAAAAUUUAGAUAAAAUGACAAUACCUUAAUUUGUUAAUUUAGCAAAAGGAAUUAAUGAUGGUGAAAAUCUUCCAUAAGAUUUAUUACUUGGAUUUUAUUAAAGAAUUUAGAAAACACCUUUAGCAUUACAUGCUAAAGAAUAAGCUAAAAGAGCAUUAGAAUAAGCUAAUUAAGUUGAUUAAAGAAAAAGACAUGCUAUGUUGGCAAAAGAGGCUGAAGAAUCUUUAAAAAAGUGGUUUAAAGAACAUCCUAAUUAAGAUGCUUAUUUUUAUGCAAAUUCAAUUGAUCAUGUGAAAUCUUUAUUGUAAUAAACAUGGAGUGCUAUUUUUGCAUCAAUUAGUGUAUUUUUAGAAUAAACUGAAGAUUCAUAUUAAAUUUAAUUAUGUUUUGAGACAAUUCAAUCAUUUAUAUAAUUAAUGGGUAGAUUCGAUUUAGAUGAAGAAAAAGAUACAUUUAUAAGUUUUUUAUAGAGAUAUUGUACAGGUAUUCCAAAUACUUAUCGAUAAAUAUUGGGUGUUUAAACAUUAAUAAAAGCAGCAAUAUAAUCUGGAUAAUAUUUACGUAAAAGUUGGAGAGUUGCCUUGUAAUUGGUUUCUAGAUUAGAGACUUUGCAUUAAGUUGUGAAGAAAAUUAAGGUAGAUUCUCCAUAAAAGGAAAGUUAUAAUUAAGAAGAUAUUCAAAAUAUUGAAAGAUUAUUUUAAUCUAUAUCAUAUGAUUAGAUAGAUAAGAUAUUUAAUAUGUCUAUAAAUUUAGAUUCUAAUUCAAUAUUGGAAUUUAUUAGAGCAUUAUGUGAAUUAUCAAAAGAAGAAAUUAAACAAAAUAGAACAUUUUUAUUAAGUAGAAUGAUAGAAGUAGCUGAUUUUAAUAUGGAUAGAAUUAAAAUUAUAUGGUCAAGAAUGUGGGAAAUAAUGAGAGAACAUUUUCUUGAAGUUGGAUGUCAUAAAAAUGUUGAUUUAGCAAUUUAUGCUAUAGAUUAAUUAAAAUAAUUAAGUUGCAAAUUUUUAUAAUAACCUGAAUUAGCAAAUUAUCAUUUUUAGAAAGAGUUUUUAAUGCCUUUUGAAUAGAUUUUUAGUCAUAGUCAAGCUUAAUAAUAAUAUAAAAUUUAAUUAAGGGAAUAUUUAUUAUCUUGUAUGUGUAUGAUUACUAAUGUUUGUUUUAAUUCACUUAAAAGUGGUUGGAAAAUUAUAAUGAGUAUUGUUAAUUAAGCACUUCAAGAAGAUUAAUAAUAGUUAAUAAGAUUAUGUGUAUAAAUUACAGAUAAAAUAAUGGAAGAUGUAAAUAAUCAAUAGGUAAAUUAAGAAAUAUAUAUGGAAUUAAUAUAAGCAUUAAUAAAAUUGACUAAAAAUAAAGAUAUUAAUAUUGUUGAAAAUGCUAUUAAAUAAUUAAAGACAUUAGUUGAUCAUAUAGCAUUGAUCAAAAAAAAUGAUAAUAAAUUUUUAGAUUCAUUAUGGAUUCCUGUAUUAUCAUCAUUAUCUAUAUUAUAUAGUGAUGAGAGAGUAGCUGUUUAAUAAUUAAGUGUUUAGACAUUAUUUGAUUUGCUUUAAAAACAUGGAAUAUAUUAAUCUAAUGAAUUUUGGAAGAUGAUAUUAAGAGGAGUAAUAAGACCAUUAUUUGAUGAAAUUUAAUUUUCUAAAUUAUAAUAUACGAAAUAAUAAUAAUCAAAGAAAUCUAUAACUUCAACAUGCAAAAUGACAUUUUUAUUAUUUACAGAUUUAGUAAUUUCACAAAUUUAAUAAAUGUAACCUUGUUUAAAUGAUCUAAUAGAUAUUUAUAUUCAAUUAGUUCUAUAAACUCAAGAUGUAAUAAAUAUAUAUAUUAUUAAUAUAGCAUAUAUCCAUUUUAUGUCUUUAAUCACUUAAGAAAAUAAUCUAAAAUGUAGGUUAAUAAUUAACUGAAGAUAAUUGGAAUCUUUUGAUAGAAUAGAUACAACAUUUAUUGUAGUAAUGUUCACCAACAGAAUUAUUUGAGGCAUUUAAUUUAGAUGAAGAUUUUUAAAAACCUUUAGAUGAAUUAUUAAAAGAGGAAAUUAGACCAAAAAAGUUUAGUUUUAAAAUAAAUGCUUAAGAAUGUUCAUAAAAAUAAUAAAUUUAAGAAAAAUGUUUGGAGAUUUUAGAAGUUUAAGUUACAUAAUUUAAAAAUGAAAUUACUUAAUAAAAUAAAUAAUUGAUUUUAUAAUUAUUUUAAGAAUAAUAUUAAAAAUGCAGAAGAUUUAAUACUAAUACAUAUAUGAGAUACUUUUUAGAAUAAUGGGCAGUUUAAUGGAAUUUUGUUAAGAGAAGUUCAUAAGAAUUUGAUGAUUUAGAUAAUAAUAAUAAUACAACUCAAAGUAAACAAUUAAGUUUUAUUAAUGUUGAAUUUUUGUCAGCUAAAGUUAUUGUUUAACUUAGUAAUGACUCUUUAAAUUUUAUUGAAUAGUUAAUAUAAAGAUUUCUAGAUGCAUAUUAUGGGUUUUCUUAACCAUUACAUAAAUAAGAUAGUUUAAAUGGUAAUUUAGAAUAAUUAAGACAUCUUGAAUCUUAAAUUGUAAUUAGUAGAUUACAAUUAUUAUUUAUGGAAACUGUAUUCCCUUAAUUAAAAUAAAAUUUGAGAUCUAAAAUAGUAAGUAAAUGGUUGAUUUAAUUAUUAAAAGCAGGAUUAAAUGUUUCAGGAGUUGAAAAUAAAGAAUAUAAUAAAGUUUUAGUGAAUUUAUUGGAGGAAAUUAUAAAUUGUGAGAAUAAUGUAUUUUGA